AUGGACAUCGCUACCAGCACUAUCAGCCUCUUCAAUGCAGCUCUAGACUGCUUCGAACGUAUACAGCUUGCACGAUCCUUUGACCAGGAUUUUGCCACCCAUCAGCUGAAGCUUGACAUCAUUCAAGUCCGCUUAUCGCGCUGGGGGGAAGCAGCUGGGAUCAUCCAGGCAGCACAAGAUGCUCAAUCCACGACGAGCGGGACUGCACGAACAACAUCCAGACUGAUACCGAUCGAGUCUUGCGACAAGGUAGACGAGCUUCUCAGAAACAUCCAAAUUCUGUAUGAACAAGCCAGGCACGACUCGGAGAAGAUAAGGCCACAGACCAGCACGGAGGAGGAUGUGAUGGAUCCCGAAAAGGACAUGCCCCCCCUCAUGAAGAGCCUCCGCCUGAAACUGCGCGACUGCCUCAGGAAACGACGGUCCCAGAUUUCCAAUGCUGCGCACGGCAUCCAGUGGUCCAUUUACAAAAAGGACCAACUCCAGAGAUUACUCGACGGCAUUUCUGGACUUGUCGAAGACCUUGAGCGCCUCUUUCCACCCGAAGAAGCUAAGAGCAAACUACAAGAACUCAGCAACGAGGAAUGCGAAAGCAUCGGAAAAAUCCACUUCAAGACGCUUCAAGAGAUUGCCCAGGGAUAUGACCCGUGGCUCAGUGUUGCUGUGGAGGAAGCGCUGGAGAAGGACAGCGGUGGUGUUUCCUUUUCGGCGCAGAAUAACUAUGGACUUCAACUUGGGAAAAACUACGGCGGAAUGCACGGUCUUAGUUUCGGGACAGGAAACACGACUAAUAACCACUGGAAGUGA